AUGGAACAAUUGAAACAAAAAGGUGUAGUGUACUGGAAACGUUACGUUGACGACACUAUAGCCAUUAUUAAAAAUGAUACAGAUAUUGAUCAAUUGAAAAAUAUUCUCAACUCUUUUCAUAAUUCCAUUCAAUUUACAGUUGAGCCUGAAACUGAUCAUUCAUUGCCAUUCUUAGACAUCUCAAUUCGUCGUCUUUUAAAUUAUAACACUUCAUGGUUUUGUACGGAUAUUUAUCGUAAACCUACGUUUACAGGUCUUAUUCUAAAGCUACUAUCUUCUCCUCCCCCACAACAUUUUCCAACAUUAACAACUACAUCAAUAUUUUCUCAACGCCCUAAACGAAAUGUUCCUAUUGUUAAUUAUGCAUUAAAUGAGAAAAUUCUCGAUGAAGCUAUAGAAGAUACUCCCAAGUUAUCUGAUGAAAAGAAUUUAAAAUUUUCUCAAUCAGCAAUUUAUCAACAUGAAGUAGAGACAGGGCAUUCGAUUGAUUGGGAUAACUGGAAAUUAUUGAGCAAAGAUCAGAAAUUUUAUCGUCUUUUAAUACGUGAAUCAAUACAAAUUUCAAAACUUGAACCUUCACUUAAUCAAACUGUGCGUUCAGUUCCUUUGGUCAUUUAUCCGGAUAGUUCGUCAUUAUUUAAAACAAAAGUCAAGAUGAAAGCAGGUGUAUAG